AUCUCCCCUUCCCCAGCUCCCUGUCCCCGUCCCCAAUCCCUCGACCCUAGGGUUCCGGCCACCGCCCGCACCAAAUGUCGGACGCCGGCGGCGGCGGCGAAGAGUACAAGCGCGAGGAGUCGGUUGCCCUGCUGGUCAUAGUCUCCCUCGCAGCACUCUCUCUCCUCUCCCUCAUCGCCGCCUUCGCCUACUACUGCUACAUAACCCGGAAGGUCUCCCGCCGCCUGCACUCGCUCCAGCCCCCCAAGCGCUCCGGCUCCCCUCCCCCGCCGCCUCCGCCGGCACUGCCGCCGCCGCAGCAGCAGGGAAAGGAAAGCCCGUCCAGCAACUCCGCCAGCGAUGGGGCCGGAGCGGCGGCGGCGGGGAUGGCGGCGGUGGUGGCCGGGGAGAGGGGCGUGCAGGUGUUCAGCUACCGGCAGCUGCACGCGGCGACCGGCGGCUUCGGGAGGGCGCACAUGGUCGGGCAGGGCAGCUUCGGGGCCGUGUACCGCGGGGUGCUCCCCGACGGGAGGAAAGUCGCGGUCAAGCUCAUGGACCGCCCCGGGAAGCAGGGCGAGGAGGAGUUCGAGAUGGAGGUGGAGCUGCUGAGUAGGCUCCGAUCGCCAUAUCUGUUGAGCCUGAUUGGCCAUUGUUCUGAAGGUGGACAACGGCUACUUGUGUAUGAGUUCAUGGCCAAUGGGGGUCUCCAGGAGCAUCUCUAUCCAAGCAGAGGUUCCUGUGGUGGGAUCUCAAAAUUGGACUGGGAUACAAGAAUGAGAAUUGCACUUGAAGCAGCAAAAGGUUUGGAAUAUCUUCAUGAGCGUGUUAAUCCACCUGUCAUACACAGAGACUUCAAGAGCAGCAAUAUUCUUCUGGACAAGGACUUCCAUGCAAGAGUUUCAGACUUUGGUCUAGCCAAACUUGGAUCUGAUAGAGCUGGUGGUCAUGUCUCAACUCGAGUUUUAGGCACACAAGGCUAUGUUGCGCCCGAAUACGCAUUGACUGGGCAUUUGACUACCAAAUCAGAUGUGUACAGUUACGGUGUUGUGCUCUUGGAAUUGCUUACCGGCAGAGUACCAGUUGAUAUGAAGAGGCCUCCUGGAGAAGGUGUUUUAGUGAAUUGGGCAUUACCUAUGCUCACUGACCGAGAGAAAGUUGUGCGGAUCUUGGAUCCAGCAUUGGAAGGCCAAUACUCCUUGAAAGAUGCUGUCCAAGUGGCUGCCAUUGCUGCAAUGUGUGUUCAACCAGAGGCUGACUAUAGGCCACUAAUGGCCGAUGUAGUACAGUCAUUGGUUCCUCUUGUCAAGAACCGUUCUGCUCAGAAAGCUUGCAACCCCAACAUGCAAGCAUCGAAGCCACUCGACUAGAAAAGCAAGUCUUUAAUAUGCAGUUUGGGUCUUCUCUCUCUGAAACUCCUCUCGUCUAUAACUAACUACCACUGCUGAGACAAUAAGACCAGCAUGUUUCUUGACAUGGUCCUCUUGCUCUGCUGGCGAUCUCCUGAUUUUGUAAGGUGCGUCGUGAGUUGGUAGGUUUCGAAUUCAUGGGAAUUUGGUUGGAGAGUCCUGAGAGCUUAUUUGAGUUUCAAGGCAGGUUUCAGUCAUGUGUAAUUUAUUAGUCAUGUUAGGUCGUUGGGAUCGGUACGUGUGGUUGUGGGGAGUUCAUCAUUAGAUGGUAGUGUUUGGUAUGAGCUUGCAGUACUGUGUUGUAGAGUACUGCUUGACUUUCGUUUGGCUUGUCAGUUAUGUCAGGAAAUUAGCUUAGAAGAUCCUUGUCCACUUGUAGGGGGUCUGUUAAGCUAAAUGCACUGUAAUCGUCGUAACUGAGAACUAUCGUCCUUGGAGUUCAUAUAUAUGUAAUGUAUAGUAGGUCUCUGGAAUUGGUUUCAAAAUCUUUUGCUGUUUCAUUA